AUGGAAGGAGGAAGCAGUCGUGACCGCGACGUGGUCGACGCGGUAGCGUUCGUCGGGAGGGAUUCUCGCUCGCUCGCUCGGAGACUUUCUUCGGCUAUCCCUACCACCGCGCUCACCGCUUCUUCAAUGUCGUAAUGUCGACGAAACACGACGACCGCAUUCGCGCAGCGACGGUUUAAAGUCCAUCCCACAGAUAGCAUUCCCGUUCGUGACACGGCCAAAAUCAAAACACGGUUCGCUGCGACAAAAGGCGGAGAGAGAGAGAGAGAGAGAGAGAGAGAGAGAAAGAGAAGAGUGGGAGAGAGAGAGAGAGAAGUGCGUGUGGGAGAGCGAGCUUUCUUCCGUCGCGUUACCUAUGCGUGCGCGCGCGCGUGAUUUCGCAGAGGGACACAUGCGAAUGCUCCUGCACGCCUGUCGCAUCGCGAUCCCGAAAUAGGAUCAAGGAUAACGACGUGGAAGAUUUUUCUGGAAUUACGUUCGCCGCCGGCCGUCGACAGCUUGAGAGAAACCGGUCUGUUGUGUUUAAGGAAAAUUCAUUUUACAGGGAAAUUCUGCAGGUGCGAACAGUUCGCGAGUUGAUCGCGCACGAUGGCCUCGUUAAUGACGAGCGUCCGGAUCACCGGCACGCUUCAUCAGCUCUGCGUCUGUGCAUCGAGGGCACUGGCUAGCACGAGCGCGAUGCCCAGCAACAGCAUUAUCAAGGAUGAGGCGAAGGAAGUGAUCGUCAAUUACUUGGACGGCAAGGACAACGGCAUCGCCGUGAUAGGACUGAACAGGCCCGCAGCUCGCAACUCCUUCGGCAAGAGCUUGGUGUCGCAGCUGAACGAGACCCUGGCCACCGUCAGGCAGAACAACAAGCUGAGGGUGUUGAUUUUACGCAGCCUCGUCCCGAAGGUGUUCUGCGCCGGGGCGGACCUGCGGGAGAGAUUGAAGAUGAAUAGCGCCGAUGUGCCACUGUUCGUGAGCAGCUUGAGAAGCCUGAUCAGCGACGUGGAGACCUUGCCGACUCCGGUAAUCUCCGCGAUCGACGGUGUAGCCUUGGGCGGAGGUCUGGAGCUCGCUCUAGCCACGGACAUCAGGGUCGCCUCCACGGAGGCCAAGAUGGGUCUCGUGGAGACCAGGCUGGCGAUAAUACCAGGUGGCGGUGGUACACAGAGACUGCCGCGGAUAGUCGGAGUAGCCAAGGCCAAGGAGCUCAUCUACACGGCGCGCAUUCUCGAUGGCGACGAGGCUCUGCAGAUCGGUCUGGUGAACGAGGUGGUGCCGCAAAAUAAGACCGGCGACGCGGCCUACCAGGCGGCUCUCUCCAUCGCCAGAGAAAUCUUGCCUAACGGUCCAAUCGGCGUCAGGUUGGCGAAAGUGGCGAUAUCUGAAGGCUCGGAGGUAUCACUUAAGGACGGCCUGGAGGUCGAGAGGCAGUGUUACAGCAAGAUCGUGGACACGAAGGACAGGAUCGAAGGACUCGCCGCUUUCGCAGCGAAGCGUGCACCUGUUUAUCAGGGAAUAUAAAAAUUCAGGUGCGAUUGAUUCGUAACGAACGUUCAAUUCCCAUGUCAAACGAUAAAUGUCAUUUUAUACAGAUAUUUUUACGAAAUAAAUAUAUGUAUAUAUAUAAUUUUCAUAUACGUAUACAAUUUAUAUAAAAACAUUUGUAUAUUAUAUAUUAAAUUAAUUAUGUUAAUUUAGUUACAAAUUAACAU